AUGGUAGGACCCGAUUACGGCUUCGAGCUGAAAACUUUGAUCGAGUACUACUUUUUGCUGAAGGGCGCGAUAACGCCCUUUAAGUAUCCGUGGGCUUUGGAUAAUUCUGAAUGGGCGGUCAGGUCGGUCGCGAAUGGGGCGGCACUGAAUAACAUCCCUACCACCAAAUUUAGCGCGGAUGCAGAGACGCGGAUGCGCUCUAUUCAGACUAGGCUUCCCUCCACACCGCACGCAUCAGCGUUGUUGCCGGCUGAAAUCGGUAUCCAAGACCGAGGUACCUCACUCACGGAGGAUCUGAUGCGCACGGUCAAGAAUCGUGUCCCUGAAGAGAUUGAAGGAACUGGUACAACAAGACAAGAAGCACACCAUACAGACAGGAACCAGAUGAAGAAGCUCUUCAAAGACCAAAAGGAUGCGCGAAGAAAGAUUGAUGAAGACAUGGCCGCCACAUCAGCGCAAAAAGAGACACACAUAGCAAGGAUCCAAGUGCUUGAAAAUGAGCUCUCUGAGGCACAGGCAGCGCGCAAAGCAAGCGAUGGAGCUAUGGCAGCUCUGCAUGAGGGACACAAACAGAUGCAAAAGCUGCUGGAUAACAGUCGAACUGAGAACGAAGAAGUCAGAAAGAAGCUGAAGACACUUGGUAACAGCAGCGUUAAAUACGCCCGCCUAUGGAGACAGAGGGCGCGAGCAGAACGAGACAGACUGUCAGAGGCGGAGGACAAGCUUAAGGAAGAAUGUGCUCGCACAGAAGCCAGGAUGCAGAAAGCGCGAGCAUUCUACACAAACCAGAAAGAGUUGCUCGAGAUAGAGGUUGCAGAAUGUCCAGAAGAAGAGAAGGAGUUAAUUAUGGAAGCAUUCAAGGCAGAGUAUGGAGAGCUUUGCCCAGAAUGA